AAGUACUUUUUAAAAACUUGGUCAAACACUAAUUGCUGUUGAAAAGUGCUUUUCAAAUUAACUAAUUAAACACAAAAUGCUCUCACUAAAAGAACUUAUUUGAAAAAUAUUUUUGAUUUCCACCCCCAAGAACUUUGAAGCAGCAGCUCUGUGAGAUAAAUGAUAAUGGAGUAUUCCAAGUCCAAGAAAAAAUCACAGAACAAUCAAAUCAACGUGCAGAAUCAGAAGCUGAAUAUGAAAAUAAGCUCAAGCAAAAAUGGCAGUGGUAUUGCUAGUGUCAUUUUGUUAGGUGGAGCAUUUAUCACAGCUGCUCUGGGUUCUGCAUUCUUGGUUGAAAGAAAGUGCAGGAAAUCAACUCAGAAGAUUACAAAGAAAGAAAAUAAUAAGAAUUCUGAAGAUGGAUCGAGUAAAGGGCUUCAUUUUCUUCUUCCUGAGUCUUCUCCAUGCAUAGAGCAGCAGCAGGUUUCGAGCAAUGGGACUGAGAAGUUGUGUGUCGAUGAUUCCAUCUCCUUGUUCUCCACUCCAUCCUUUAACCAGGAUGAGAAGCCUAAUCUUGGGAUGGAUGAUGAAAAAAGGGACUCCCAAACUGCUAUAGUCUCUGAUCAUCCAAAAGAAGAAGAAAAGUCUCCAUCUUUCGAGAGAUUGACGGUUGACAAGGAAGAAUUGGAGUCAUCAGAGAUCAAGAUUUCAUUGCUGCCUGAUCCUGAUCAAGAACUGAAUAAGGUUACUUUAGAAAGAAUUCAUGUAAUCCAAGGAAAUGAGAAAACUGAGAUGGCCACAAUACUCUACGAGCCAUCUUUGCAAGUAGAUAAUAAAAGAGAAUUUUCGGUUGACAACAAACAUAAUGAUAAAGGAGAACUAAGUGAGCUGCAACAUACUGAUAUGAUUGAAACAGAUAAUUAUGAGGCGGUUCUAAUUCAAGAGCAACAGAACCAAGCUAUUGGUGACCAAGAAAUUUUCAGCCCUGAUGGCUCUUUACCAGAAAGCAGCACCUCUAGUGAACAAGAUUUCUUACCAGUACAGUUAUACAGUGUGCCCCUUUUCGAGCACAAACAGCUGAACUAUGCGCAUGGACAAGCAAAUAAAGCCGUUGAAACUAUUGAGUUAAUGAAGGCAGCUGAUGAAGAUGAGCAUAAAGACCAUAUGCAGAUUACUGAUUUUGAAGAACAAUGUGCUGAUGUAGAAACUCAGAUUGAUCAAAUUGCCAAGAAUUGCAACCUAAAAAUGCAAUGUAAUGAUGAAAAUGAACGUUUCAAGGAGAACGAUCAAGCAAAUUCCUGCAAUGAGAAGGCAACAUCAGAAAACAGCCCCUGCAGCUUGGCAGCCCCUGCAAUCAGAAAUGCAUCAAUAGAUGAUCAACAUUCUGCUGAAGUGGUUCAAGUGAUAAAAGAAACAAAUGCAACGGAUAUCACACCUGGUGGAGAGCAGAGCCUAGAAGCAGAGCAUUCACCUAUCCGGUUUGUUGAGAAACAAAGCUUUGAACGCAAUUAUCAAGGAACUGGUUUAGAGGAAGACAAAGAGACCUCAGAGACGCUAGCUGUGAACAUUGAGGUAGUGGAGAAGGAUCUGGAAGCGCGUAGCAGAGAAGCAGAGGAUGAAGUGGCAGAGAGUGUUUUUGUAGAUAAAGAAGAAGAUGAUGGCUACGAUAACGACAUAGACAAAGAAGAUGUUGCAGAUGACAUCUCGGAAGGAGCAGGAAACUCCUCCGAGCAAUCCAACAUUGAAAAACUUUGGCCAGCUAACUCAAACCAGGAACUUUUAUUGGAGCUCAAAGAGAAGAAGGUGAAAGAAGGAAUGAAAAUUGAAGAUGAUGAGACAUGCUGCAUUUCGAAAAGCACUCAGAAUGAGUUCGACAUAACAAGUUGCCAACAGAGCAAUGAUGGCAAAGAUGAUUCUGCAGUGAAUGUUACUGAGAGGUACCGAACGAAGCUCAUGAACCUGGAUGAUGUAGCUGCAAUCACCAGGGGAAGGAGAGUGCUUUUGGGAGGACUAUUAGCGCUAAUCUGCUACUUGUGCUUAAAAGCAUUCUCCCUUCCUGCAUUAGCGGAUUCAAGAUUUUAAAUCAGGGAACGCAAUAUACUACUGAACUUACUAAGAUAAUAAGUGUCACCAAAUUUGAAUAAUUAAAUAUAUGUAUAAUUGGAUCCCCCAAAGGAAUGGUGCAUGUCUUCAACCGUGAGCUACAAAUAAGAGCACAUUUGUUGCUUUAGGUAAUAAUUUAAGCCUCAAAACUUCGCUGCACUUAUUUUUUUUCUCGGCGAAAAGAAUUCCCUGGAUAUCUAAAAUGCAGGAUAUAGAACCAUAGGAAGUCCACGUUACCGAGACUGUUUGUUCCUUUGACUUGGUCUUUUGUUUUAACCUUAUGCUUAACAUACCCAUCAAAGGAAUAUAAGCUUUAGAACCUUGAUGGAGAAGGGUAUUUUUAAGCAUGCAUCAGUUUUUAUUUGUUGGCAAAACCAGAUUCAGAAUUUAUAUCGCACUGCUGUUUUGUGAUAGUUGAUCCUGGUUCUACUUUAUCUACUCUUGCGGCCUCAGUCCAUAGUUUUAUGCAAAAACAUUAUUGAAUAUUACAUUCUAAACCUAUAAUUUUAAGGAAGCAGUAGGUGUAGUGACAACAGCCUGAACCCGUUAAGUAAAUCUUAGAUCAGCCUCUGCCCAGAAAAGGAGGUCAGCGGGAUUGCGUCAAACCCAUAU